GCUGUAGGGUAUAUGAUGUCCACUCUGCGCAAAAAGAAAGGGACACGAGCCUGUGGCGUCAAAGAGCAGCGGAGGAUGAUUCAGCGUUUGCAUGAAGAAUUCAAAGCUUUUGUGAACAACAGAUGGCUUGUCUUUGUGUGUGCAAUGUGGGUUCAAUCAUGUGCAGGGAUUGGAUACUUGUUUGGGAGUAUAUCACCUGUGAUCAAAAGCGCCAUGGGUUACAACCAGAGGCAGGUGGCUAUGCUUGGUGUGGCUAAGGACUUGGGUGAUAGCAUUGGACUUGUGGCUGGUGCUUUGUGUGAGGUUUUGCCCAUUUGGGCCAUUUUGCUGAUUGGGGCUCUGCAGAACGUUGUUGGGUAUGGCUUGGUUUGGCUAAUAGUUGUUCAAAAAUUGCCUGCUUUGCCUCUCUGGGUGCUCUGUAUUGCUGUAUUUGUGGGGACAAAUGGUGAAACCUACUUCAACACUGCAGUUCUAGUUUCAUGCGUGCAAAACUUCCCAAAAAGCCGGGGUCCCGUUGUUGGGAUACUGAAGGGAUUUGCUGGGUUGAGUGGUGCAAUUCUGACUCAGAUUUAUCUUAUGAUCAAUUUCCCUACUGAAGCAUCACUGAUUUUCAUGGUUGCAGUUGGGCCACCAAUGGUUGUAAUUGCUUUAAUGUUCAUUGUUAGACCUGUAGAAGGGCACAAACAAGUCAGGCCAUCUGAUAAUUCAAGCUUCUUAUUUAUCUACAGCAUCUGCCUUAUACUAGCAGCUUAUAUACUGGGAAUGUUGAUACUUGAGGACAUAGUUGAUCUGAGUCAAACUUUAAUCAAGUUACUUGCUACUGUUCUGAUAGUUCUUGUAUUGCUUCCUAUAGCAAUUCCCAUUCUAUUGGUUUGCUUCUCUGAACCAAGAUCUCGAGUAGAAGAAAGUCUUCUUCCGGAAGCAGAUAAACAAGAAGGAGGUAUAUCCAGGCAGGAGCAGGAUGGAAAUGAGGUCAUUCUAAGCGAGGUUGAAGAUGAAAAGCCUUCAGAUAUGGAGUCACUUCCAGCUUCAGAAAGACAUAAGCGAAUUGCUCAUUUGCAAGCUAAACUAUUCCAAGCAGCUGCAGAAGGAGCAGUGAGAGUUAAGCGGAAGAAAGGUCCACGCAGAGGGGAAGAUUUCACUUUAAUGCAAGCAUUAAUUAAGGCAGAUUUUUUGCUUAUGUUUUUCUCUCUCAUACUGGCUUCUGGAUCCGGUUUGACGGUUAUUGACAAUCUGGGUCAGAUUUGUGAAUCUUUGGGAUAUGAAGAUACAAAUAUAUUUGUAUCAAUGAUCAGCAUUUGGAACUUUCUUGGUCGUGUUGGUGGUGGCUAUUUUUCAGAAGUUAUCAUUAGAAAUUUUGCCUACCCAAGACCAGUGGCCAUGGCUGUUUUUCAGGUUAUCAUGGCUAUUGGACUCUUUUAUUAUGCAAUGGGAUGGCCUGGACAAAUUUACGUUGUGAGCAUUUUGAUAGGACUUGGCUAUGGUGCUCAUUGGGCAAUUGUACCUGCUGCAGUCUCAGAACUGUUUGGAUUGAAGAGUUUUGGGGCCUUGUACAAUUUUCUCACACUGUCAAGUACUGCUGGUUCUCUAAUAUUCUCUGGUGUUAUUGGUAGUGGCAUAUACGACUAUUAUGCAGAGAAACAAGCUGGAAUCCAACAGCUAAAUUCAGGAUCUAUGCGCACUACACAUCUUUGGGAGGAAUCACUUACUUGCAAGGGUUCCAUCUGUUAUUCCCUCACUUGUGGGAUAAUGUCUGGUGUUUGCAUUAUUGCAGUGAUCCUGAGUUUGAUUGUGGUUCGUCGGACUAGGAGUGUAUAUGCUCAGCUCUAUGGGAAGACCAAUGUUUGAGUUACAGGAGAAGCAACUCAAAAUUGCUUCCAAUUCACUUAAAUAUUUCAGUCACUACGAUAUGGCCAAGCAUCUUGCUUAGCAUAGAGAUACAGCCUUUUGUUACUGCAUAAAGUAAAAACAAUGAUAGUCUUUUCAUUAAACAUCCUUGCACUUGCAACAAAUUGUCUUCCUUCAUUUUCUGGAAGCCCUUUGCACCUGUGGUUCAAUUUGUAAGCAAUGAUCAUGUAACAUUUUGUUUUCAUUACAUAGUGAAAAAACAAAGAAAGGAUCAUUACAUGAUUUAUAAAUUGACCUAUUUUAUUAAA